GUGCUCCAGUUUGGGGCAGGGGAUGAUCGCUGAAGGGAUUUGUUUUUCCCGGGCCUUGAAAGGCAGGGGCCGGGAGACUCGUUCCUAGCCCUGGACCGGAUUUGAAAGCUGGGGUAUUUUUGUUGGCUUUUUUUUUCCUUUCUUGGAGAACGGAAUUCUUCGCCCCCUCCCCCUUCCAGCUGGGCCAGUUGUUGGCCGCUGCUUAGAGAAACGCGGGGACUGGUCCGAGCAGCUCCUCUCCCUUUGAACACACACGCGAGCUAGACACAGCCUCGACCUCCCUCUCCCCUCCCCUCCCCCAAUCUUUCAGCCAGUGGCCCGAAGUGGGCCCCGGGUCCAUCCCAUGCCCUGACUUCGAGGGCAGCUCUGGCGCCGCCCGGACCUGGCUGGACAGACUAGGAGUUUGGGGGCUGUGGCUGUCACCUCCUCAUCAACAUCCCAGGGCCAAGGACAUCACAGUGCACGACCUGUUCCCUUUUGAUCUCUCAGAAACCAUUCCCCAGCCCAAAUCUGGCAGCCAUCCCCCUGAACCAGAGUGGGGGGGCACUACUUCAGCAAGUGGACAACAGAAUCCAUCCCGGAGACACACAUAUCCCCAAGCCCCGGCGCUGGGCUCCUGCUCCUGUUUAGCCUUCAGCUGAGUCUUGAGGGCUGCAAAGCUGAAACUUUUAACCCCUUCACUGGCCCCCCCUCUCCACUGGACUCUGCCCUUACUGGUCGGUCUCCUGCGCUCAUUCUCCUCCCUCUGGGAGUCUCUGCCCCAUCAGGUGAGCAGUCCCCAGACCAAGGGAGGAAGAGGAGAAAGAGCGGAGGGAGUGGGACCUGGGCUGAGAUCCGGUGGGUGUGGGCUGGGGCUGGGGCAGCUGGGGGGGGUGCCGUUAAGAUGUGGAGAUCUCCCUGGCUGAGAGGGGCUCCAAGGAGGCAGUGGCAGCACGAGGCCCAGGGAGAGCAGCAUGGACAGGCCCGUGGCAGCGUGGUGAAGCAUGAACAUCCGGAGUGCCCAGGACCACGGGCAGGCCAGUGACAACCCCAGUGGUGGCGGUGGAGGCAGCGGCGGUGGUGGUGGUGGAGAGCGAGAACGAAUUCGGAUGCGAAUGAAGAUGGUCAUCGGGCAGCUGGAGGGCAUCCUGCAGGAGCUCAAGGAGGUGGCUAAAGAGCUGAGAGAGGUGGUGAGCCAGAUAGACAAGCUGACCUCCGAUUUUGACUUUGAGCUCGAGCCCGAUGAUUGGACGACGGCCACGGUCAGCAGCACGUCUAGCAGUGAGAAAGGUGGCGGGAGCGGCCCCUUUGACCUGACCCACCUGGAUUUCAUGACCUCAGACAUCCUCUCCGACAGCUGGGAAUUCUGUUCCUUCCUGGACAUCUCGACCCCCUCAGACUCAGGCGAGGGCCCCGAGCCAGCCCGACAGCCUCCCACCCCUGACUACAGGCUGAUGAAUGGAGGCGUGCUUAUCCCCAAUGGGCCCCGUGUCGAGACCCCUGACUCUUCCAGCGAGGAGGCCUUCAGUUCUUGUCCCCCUGAUCCUCCCAAGGGCCAGCAGGCCCAUCGGACCCCAGGCACCAGGGAGCGGGUGCGUUUCAGUGACAAGGUGCUCUACCAUGCCCUCUGCUGUGAUGAUGAGGAAGGAGAGGGGGAAGAAGAACAGGCAGAGGAUGGGGGAGCCUCAUCCCCCAACCCUCCCCAGACAGAGCCCCACGUGGCACCCCUCAAACCCCUCCUGGCGACCUGCAAGCCACGGAGGUCUCCCCUCACGAGCCGGAAUGGAGGUCAUAUCCCUACGCUCACCCCAGGGUCAGGGCAGACCCGAAGGGUCACACGGAACACCAGUACCCAAACGGUGUCGGACAAAAGCACCCAGACUGUGCUGCCAUAUGCAGCAACCAGGCAGAAAGUCAAAGGGAAAAACUGAGAGGAGCAAAAGAGGUGGGGGUGGGGAUGGGGUGGGCAGGUGGGGAAAUAGAUACACAUAUAUAUUUAAACAAAUCCAAUCAUAAUAAAUCAAAAAAACAAAAGGAAAAGGUCAUACCAACUACCCAGACUCGUCCUCCAGCCAGCACUGGCCUUACCUAUAGGCAGAGUGGGUGGUUGCCCACAGGGUCUGACAGGAGCACUGGGAAAAUCUGUCAGCAACAAAACACCCCCCGCCCGCCACAGUGCCUGAAAUAGCCCCAUUAGAGCUACCUCG